AUGCUUACUGAGUUCAAAAGAGAGAUGAUGCAGAGAUAUGAAAUGUCAGAUCUUGGACUUCUACACCUUUUUUUGGGCAUGGGGAUAUUACAAACGGAUCAAGGAGUAUUCAUCCAUCAAAGCAAGUAUGCCAAAUCACUGCUUGUGAAAUUUGGACUUGAAGACUGCAAACCAGCAUCAAUUCCUUUGCCCACUGGUGAAAAGCUUAAGAAAGUGGAUGCAACUAGACCAGAUCUAAUGUAUGCUGCAAGUUUGCUAUCAAGGUUUAUGAAUAGCCCUACCAAGAAGCAUCUGGGGGUUGCACGAAGGGUAGGAAGUGAAGAUGAUAGCAGAAGCACCUUUGGUUAUGCAUUUAGCUUUGGCAAUGGAGCGUUUUCUUGGGCAUCUGUGAAACAAAACAUAGUGGCACUAUCAACUGCUGAAGCUGAGUAUGUCUCAGCAUCUCAGGCAACAUCAAAGUCUAUUUGGUUGAGGUUUGUUCUUGAUGAUUUUGGGGAAAUGCAAACUGAGGCAACACUUUUAUUCUGUGAUAAUAUGUCAGCUAUAUCUAUGGCUAAGAACCUAGUUUUUCAUCAGAGAACUAGACAUAUAAACCGAAGGGGAGGGUGGAGUUUAGGUUGGUUGCUGUCAAAUAAAGAGAGUAGUGAAGAGAGACAAAGAGGGAGAGAAAAUGAGGAAGGCGGGGUCAGUGGUGUGAGGAUAGGGUGCGGUUGUUGGAGGUCUGAGAGGGAUAGAGAGGAGAUGUGGGUGGGAGAGAGGAGAAAAAAGGGGAAGGGAGACUGCCCCCCAUGGCUGUUACUAUUCCGGUGGCUUUUUGGGCCACCACCGUCGCAUCCGGCCACCGUUUUGGGUGGCACCGGUCCCAAAAGAACCGGGCCACCUCCCUCUUUCCAUCCCGACCAACCUCAGCCGCUGGAACCACCUGUGCUCCCCGGAAAAUACCAAAAACCGACCGGUUUUAACCCAAAAUUCACGGACCUCGUUCGGACGCCUCCGGCCACCAUUUCUUUCGAACUUGGUAUGCUUUUCUAUCCUUUCAGCAUGUUCUAG